GGUUUCUAGUGAUGCAGAGUCCAGAAGGAGAGAAGCAUACGACGACCGGUACUUGGGUUUGUUUAUUCUGAAACAGAGAGUCUAGAGAGAGAGAGAGUGGAAGAGAAGAGAAGGGUGUUGUUGGGCGUGCUGUGUGUCCUCGUGAUCCGUGUACAGUGUACGUGACAAACAAAGCAGGCUAGUUCAGACUCGGUUAAAGUCUGAGACUUUAGCUAACAGUAGCAACAACAACAACACCAAUAAAUACCCACUUCCCUCAUCUUUUUCUGUGUUGAAGUUUAACAAUACCCAACCCACUUCUCUCCCUUUCUUCUUGCUAAGUUCCUGUCAUCAUAUUUAUUACACCCACAUUCCUGUUUCGUUUCUAUUCCCUCCCAAAAGAGAUUUCUCUUCUCUUAUUGGGUUAGCCGAUUUUUGGUGUUUCUUUUGUCUCUGGUCCUCCUGGUUGUUGUUGUUUUGUUGGCUUGCUUGCCUUCUUGACUUGCUUUGCUGCUGAAUUUCUGGUCUUGCUUCAGCUCCACAACUUAGAUGCAUAGGAAUUUUUAAUCUGUUCAAGUAUAUGGCUUUGGAGAAAAUGGGGAAACUUUUGUGACCAGAAUGGAUCCUCAGGCUUUUAUUAGGUUGUCAAUAGGCUCACUGGGAUUGAGGAUUCCUGGAACAGCUUUGAAAUCUGAAAAGUCUGGGAUUCAUGCAUUCUCUUCUCCAUGUUUGUGUGAAAUUCGCCUUCGGGGAUUCCCUGUGCAGACAGUAUCAGUCCCCUUACUAUCAUCUCCUGAAGCUGCACCUGAUACUCAUAGCAUAGCCUCAAGUUUUUAUCUUGAACAUUCAGAUGUCAAAGCGAUGCUGGUACCUGGCUGUUUCUACAACCCACAUGCGUGUCUGGAGAUUGCUGUUUUUACAGGGAGGAAAGGAUCCCAUUGUGGCGUAGGGGUCAAAAGGCAGCAAAUUGGGACAUUUAAGCUGGAGGUUGGUCCUGAAUGGGGAGCAGGAAAGCCAGUUGUCCUUUUCAGUGGGUGGAUUGGUAUUGGCAAAAACAAGCAGGAGAGUGGAAAACUGAGUGUGGAGCUUCAUUUGAGAGUAAGACUUGAUCCUGAUCCAAGAUAUGUUUUCCAGUUUGAUGAUGUGACAAGACUAAGUCCGCAGAUUGUUCAGCUUCAAGGUUCCAAUAAGCAGCCUAUUUUCAGCUGCAGGUUUAGCCGAGACAGGGUUCCCCAGGUGGAUCCACUGAGCAAUUACUGGUCAGGUUCUGUGGAUGAUUCUAAUCUUGAGACAGAAAGGAGAGAGAGAAAAGGAUGGAAGGUGACGAUACAUGAUCUUUCUGGCUCUGCUGUUGCAGCAGCCUUUAUAACCACUCCAUUUGUGCCAUCAACAGGUUGUGAUUGGGUUGCAAGAUCAAAUCCAGGAGCUUGGUUGAUUGUUAGUCCUGAUCCUUGCAGGCCUGAGAGCUGGCAGCCAUGGGCAAAGCUUGAGGCAUGGCGGGAGCGUGGUAGCAUCAGAGAUUCUGUUUGCUGCCGAAUUCGCCUUUUGUCUGAAUGCCAGGAAGCAGCAGAGCUUCUCAUGUCUGAAAUCCACAUCAAUGCUGAAAAGGGUGGUGAGUUUUUCAUCGACACCGACAGACAGAUGCAAGCAGCUGCAGCAGCAGCCCCUCCGCUACCAAGUCCACAAAGCAGUGGAGACUAUGCGGCUUUGGGUCCAGUUGUAGGUGGUUUUGUCAUGAGCUGUAGAGUACAAGGAGAAGGAAAAAGCAGCAAGCCAUUAGUACAACUAGCAAUGAGGCAUGUGACAUGUGUUGAAGACGCUGCCAUCUUCAUGGCUCUUGCAGCGGCUGCGGAUCUCAGCAUUGAGGCAUGUAGGCCUUUCCGUCGGAAGAUCAGAAAACCAUCUUGCCCUUCUUUAUGAAAAGUUAAAACAAAUAGAGGAACAAAAAGGAUGGAGGUGAAUAAUGUCCAUGUAACUCAGAAUUUGCUAUUACUUUGCUUGAUAUCUGGUAACAUUUGGUGUUGUGUACAGAAAGCUCUUGCUUACAUGUCCCCCAAACAUCCUUCAACUCAUGCAUGAAAUGUUCUGGGAAAAACCACAACUUCAGAAAAAUGAACUGAAAACUUGGUGAAUCUUC